GAAAAAUAGAAAUAGAAAAAUUUUCUUCAAACUAGCUGCGAUUAGCUUGAAAUGACCAAACAUAAAAUGAAGUUAAAUGUUAUGCAGCUACAGUAUCGUUCCAUGGAGGUGUUUACUGUUUGCUAUCCCAGGUAAGAUCAUCUAACUAAUACUGCCAGCCAAAAAAAUAGAAUAGUUUAGUGUUUUUUGUCUAACUUGUGCUGUUUUAACUCGUCCUUUAACUAUAAAAAUGUCACAGAGAGUUCAUUUUCCAGUUAAUAAUGGAGCGACAGUUAGCCAGACAAAGCAAACUCGAGCUGUUUAGCUGAUGCUAAACAAUAUAACAAUAUAUAGUAUAACAAUGAACAAUAAAUAGUCGUUUAUUGACCUCUUUCCUCUCGACAACAUAAAUACCGUCAGAGUCACUGUCACUGUGACAAAUAAUAAUGAAAUAAUAGUGUGGAGGAGGGAGGCUUGUCAACAGAAACGCUGAGUGACAGCUGAAAUGUACCUGCGGCGAGCUGGUGAAGAGUUAUUUUUGUCGCAGCACUCAUUUUGAAAUGCUGGCACACUUCAAGCCCAGCCUUCACAAUGCUGAUAGUUUUAUUAAGAGGAUUCUCUGCCACCAAAGCUCCAGCCGUUCAUUUCCUGUCUGCGUGUGAUUGAUGCUCAGUGUCUACUGGGUCACCUGGGAGCUUCUCACGAGGCGUCUCAUUGUCUCAUCUCAUGUCGCCUGGGUCAUCUUCACACCACUCUCUCAAUAACGCCUUAUAUCAGGCUGCUAUAUCAGCUAUUACACUGCUAGCAUGCAGCAUCUAAGCUCACGUCAUUAUAUAAGCUUGUAUCUCCACUAGACAAUUCAUUAGGUACAUUAUCUAAUGACAUUUAGUGCAAAAAUUCUCCCUUUACAAACAACAUGCUCACUGGAGAUGUGCAAGUUAUGAAUGAGUUGCUCAAAACUCACAACAGGAAAGAGGAAAGAGGAAGUGACUUUGCACAAAAUACUCACUCCACCCUCAUUCAUUUAUUUAUUUACAAUGAUCAGCAUAUCUCCAUAAACGGUGGACAUCAUGAAAAGGAGGUAGGCCUAUUGUUUUUCUUGCAGACAAGACAGCAUGAGCAGAUAGAUGAUCUGCAUUUAACACACAUCGCUGAGUGCUCACUGCAGUGUGUGCAGUCAAGCAACGAGGUCACAGCAGAAGAUGAAAGAGGGAAUUAAUACUGUGUAAUGUACAUGAUGAUAAUAUGUAUAUAUAUGUGUACAUCCACCAAGGAUAAAUGCAUUGAGGAUUAGUGGAAAAAGAUCAUGAAUGAGCAGACAUUAUGAAAGUAUUUGCUCUACUGGCAAAAAGUCUACAUCAGUUAAGUCCUGUCUUUGCACAUACAUUUAUUACAAGUUUACUUCGCAAUCCUUAAAUGUUUCUGUGGAAAAUCUACAAUAUGCCCUUUUGGAGGGAUUGAGUGCGAAUAUCUCCCUCUACUGGACACAAGUGACACUGUAAGUGUAAAGCACGUCGGUCUGGUUGAAGUGACGUUAAAAAGACUUUAGAAAUGUUUUAUUUUUCCUCCAGACUGUGUCAUUUGUGUAUAGUUUUAAUGUGAGUGUUUUUAUUCGUUUGAGUAGAGAGAUUGUGCUUAUUGUAACUCUAGUGGGCGCCAUAGUUAUGACAGUAAAGGUGGGAGAUCAUUCACGUUGUGGUAUCAAUACUAAUGUAACAGUUUAAUGUGAUGUAAAUUCAUUGGUCAUGCCUGGAAAGUGGGUGCACGGAUGACGUCAUGAAAAUGCGACUGGUAUAUAGGUUGGCGGUUUUUUGUUGGCAGUGUUGUUGUAUUCAAUAAAUGAAGCCCAGCGUCUUCUCAAGUUUUAUAAUUGUAUAAACAAGAUGAAAUGUUAAAAAGUGUGAAUAGUAUAAAGUAGAAUGCAAAAAUACAUAGUAUAAAUAAAUGGAGCUGUGCCAGCGUCUUUCACUUUUGCUUAACCUAGCAAGUAUGGUACGUUCCAGGACUGCUAAACGGAGUGUGACUUGGUACGUGAAAAUAAAUAUGAAAGAGAACGCAAAUGUAUAAUCAAUAUAAAAAAUAAUUUGGAUCCAUCCAUCCACCACGUAUACCGGACAGAGGUCACGUUAAAGAGGGGGGGGGGGAUCCCAGCUCUGUUGAUGUUCAGAUUUCCGGAUGUACCUGAAGGCGGCACUUAACGCUCCAUUCCAGGUGUAAAAAAACUAACAUCGAAAGUGUUUGCAAACGUAAAGCAGCCGAGUGGACGCUAGCAAGGUGUGUGAGGAAGCAGGACGAGGACGUCAGAGCCCCUUCACUUUGGAGGAUAAUGUAAUCAUUAACCUCAACCUGACGGAGGCAGGAAGGUGAUCUUUGGCACCACUUUCUUGCCUUGGCUCGACGUUUUCAUUCCUCCUGUUUAUCCUCUUUCACCUUGGGGAGACAUGUAAGCAGCUGAAGACAAGAAAGAAAGAAAAAAGGCGACUUCUUCCGUUUCCUACCUGAACAGUGUGUGUGCACACAAAGGUCACCUGACUGACUGUCCUCCAACGUGGCGCCAUGUCCCCUAUGAUGGACGCCAACCCAGCAGUCCACGACGACGAGGGCGCCGCUAAGAAGGUGGUGGGCGUGCUGGAGAUGUUCCGUAAGAGCAUCCGUAUGGCGACGGAGAAGAGCUCGCUCCUGCCUGGGCAGAGGGGGUUAAAGGUCAGCGAGUCCGGGUCGGGGCAGUCCAAAGCUCUGCCCUCUCCUAGUGCCACGUCUCCUCUCAAGAGCGUGGCGGCGCUCUUCCAGGCGAAGGACAAUGAGGUGGACAGCGAGAAAGGCAGAGCCAUGACGCGUUCAAAGACAGAGCCCAACAUGGCACCUUUGGACUCCCUCCUAAAAAAGGGAGCGUCCAUCCGCCGCAGCCUGAAAUUUGCCUCCCGGAAGGACAGGAAGCAGGAGGCCUUCCUCGCCGUCCAGGAGUUGGCUUCCAAGGAUGAGGGGAAGGAGAUUGUAGAAGAAGAGGUGUUGGAGGAGAUGGAGGAGACGUACACGCUGCCUGAAUUGCCUCACGCGCCUCUGUCAGUGAUGCAGAUCAACAAGCUGAUCGAGAUGGAGGUCCUGGAGGAGGCCCACCUCAACCUGCUGGCCCUGCGUGUUGAGUUCCAGCAGGAAUGGCGGCACUGCGGCCAGGACUGCUCCAUGGAGAUGGCCAAGAAGGAGAAGGACCUGAGCAUCCUCUACGCCGACCUGCGCCACAAGAUUAUGUCCAUUGUGCGUACGUCCGUUUCCCUCCCGUCCAGGAACAGGGGCCUCCUGGUCCACGUCGCCCGCAUAGUCCAGGAGGAGGACAAACGGGCUCAGGAGCCCGGGGGUCUCCAAGGGAGCUGGAUGGACGCCUGGAGGGAGGCCGUGGGGGAGGGGGUGAGGGAGAAAGUGGAAAGCGUCCAUCUGGAGCAGAGUCACCUGAACGCCUCGUGGCUGGCCGUGCACCUUGGGCUGCUGGGCAAGGCCGUGGUGGAGGACCUAGAGAUGGUGAAGAGGGACAUCCGCUGGUCCUACCCUCCCAGCUUCAUGGUCUUCUGCACCUACGUGGAGAGCUACCAUGCUACCAUCAGGCAGCACCUCAAUAAGCUGCUGCAGCAGACCACACAGCUCAAGGACCUCUACGCUCUGCUGGACUGGAUCGUCCACCGCUACCACAGUGAGAGGAUCAUGGGAAGUCCGACCCUGCAGCCAGACAUGAAAGACGAGAACCCCGAUCUGCAACUGGACGAGGACUUCCUGCUGCGGCUGACAGAGAAGUUCUGCACCACAGUGAAGGAGGACAUGAUAACUUUUUUGGAUCGCCUGAUUGAGCUUGAAAACAAGGACAUGUGGACUGCCACGCAGCACCCGGACAAAGAGGAGGACUUCUUCAACUCCAACUUCCACAUGGACAUCUGGACGAAAGUGAAAGGAAACGUCGUCAACGCGCGACGCAUUGACGCUCAGCUGGAGCACAAAGUCAUGAUAUCUUGUCUGCAAGUGCUGAAAGAUUUCCCCAAAAGGUUUGAUGCCGCCUACCAGCAGUGCUGCAUGCACCUGCGUCCUCAGACGCUGUGGAGCGAGUACAACAUCACAUACAUCAAUAGUUUCAGCUCUUUACAACAUCACAUGGAGGCGUACGGGCACCAGUGUGCAGAUCUUGUGGAGACCCUGAAGAAGGAGGUAACCUGGCUCCUCCACAAGCUCCUGCAAGGCCUGGAGGACCAGUUCAAGGAGGAGGCCAAGCCUUACUUGCGGAGGAUGAUGACCAGGAAGUGGCUCACUAACGACGAUGACUUUGAUCAACUGUACGCACGCGGCGAGCUGCUCUCUCAGCACUGCGAUGCCAUGAGGCCGCCGCACGGCCAGGCGCUGGCUAGCCGGCUACACCGCCACGUGAUGAAGGAGUACGUGGGCCAGCUGAUGAAGAACAACUACUCGUGCAAGAACCGCAAACACGAGAAGGCGGCUGCCAAGAUAAAAGCGCAGUGCUCCAAGCUCAGAGAGCUCUUCCAGGACAUGAGGUCGUCAGAGGCGUGGCUCUACCCCAUCGGAGACCACCUGUGUGAGAUUAUCGGUCAGAAGAACAAGGCGGACAUCAAGAACCACCUGCAGUCUCUGCUGGAACAAUACCCUGACUUUAGUUGCGCUCACCUGACAGCUGUGCUGACCUUCCGAGGCCUGCUACGAGGUCGUGAGCACCAGCAGAUCCUGCACAGGCUCAGGCAGCUGAGGAAGACGGCGGCCAUCGCCGCCACCUUAAAAGACUGUGACGACAAACACAGGGGGUUCUUCCACGACAUGGAGGUCACGGUUCGCACGGACUGUAUGUCCAACAUCUCCUACUUCUGCCUGACCUGAAUGCACCGCAGAGACAUCCACGUUGGACUAAAAGUGGGUCAACAUCUGCUUUGUGUUUGAGGCAAAGUGCUUGUGGUUCUUGAGCCAGCAGCGUUUUGAAGAUGAUCUGCUAGACCGGGGGUCUCCAACCUUUUUUCUUGUCGGAGCUUCUCUUACAAAAUGAAAAUGCCCAAACAAACUGAAUAUGCUUUAACCAGAACAUUCUCUAAAUGUUGGUUUCCACAACUCAACAUUUUCUAUUAAAACCUCAACAACAAAAUGAGUCCACCUCGUUUAACUGUUUCAGAAUGCUUUCCUUUCUAGCGUAUGUCACAUUAUUAACCGACAACCAGUCUUGCAGGCCCCUCGUGGUCGUGGUGGCUACCAUGUUGGUGUCCCCUGCACUCUGCCCUCAUCUUCCAGUCAAAGUUCUAAUGUGAUGGUUCACAAGAGUAAUCAGUUUUUGAUUUAUUUU